AUGACCCAGCGCUUCACCUCUUCUGCAUCCUUUCUUUGUGUCAGUAUUUCUCCUGUGUUCCUACUUCCUCGGUCACUGUCCCAUCGAACGAUCUCAAUCACAAAAUUGAAAGGAAAAAAUGACCAUAGAAUCACGUCUGUAAAGACAUUUGUUUUUUUUCUUUCCUUUCCUUUUCGCUUUUUCUUCUUCUACUCUUUCGUAUUUUCCGUCUCUCUUUUACGCGUCUUCUGUAUUUUUCUUCUAUUCUCAGGUGUUUUCUUCUUCUUUUUACUCCUACUGUUUCUUAUCUUUCGUCUCUUUUUCCAUCAUCUCUUUCGGAUUUUCAUUUUCUUUUUAAUUCUUCAAUUCUCUUUCAAUUUCUUUGUUUUUUUCUUCUACUCUUUGGUAUUUUCCUUCUCUUUUUCUUUCUUACAUUUUUCCGCAUUUUCAUUCAGUAUUUCCUUCUAUUAUUUCGAAUUGUCCUUCUCUAUUUUCUUCAACUUUUUUUUUUCAAUUUUCUUUUUUUCUAAAUUCUCCUUUCGUAUUUUUCUUCACUUUGUUCUUCUUUCAGGCUUUCGGAAUUUCUUUCACUUUCCUUCAAAUCUUUUCGCAUUUCUUUCACCUUUUCCUUCUUCUUUGUCAUAUUUUUCUUCUACUAUUUUAUAUUUGCCUUCAUUAUCUUUCUGCGCUUUUGUAUUUUCUUUCUCUUUUUCCUUCUUCCAUUCUUUCGUAUUUUCCUUCUCUUUUCCCUUUUUCCAUUCUUUCGUAACUUCUUUCUCUUUUUCCUUCUUUUAUUCUUUCGUAUUUUCUGUCAAUUUUUCCUUCUUCCAUUCUUUCGUAUUUUCCUUCUCUUUUCCGUUUUCCCAUUCUUUCGCAUUUUCCUUCUUUUUUUUCCUUCUUUCAUUCGUUCGUAUUUUCCUUCUUUUUUUCCUUCUUCCAUUCUUUCGUAUUUUCCUUCUCUUUUCCUUUUUUCCAUUCUUCAUUAUCUUUCUGCGCUUUUGUAUUUUCCUUCUCUUUUUCCUUUUGCUUCUUUUUCUUCAUGUACACAUUUCUAUUUUCCUUCAAUUUCAUUUUUACUCUUUUGUACUUUCCUUCUUUUUUCUUUAUCAUUCUACUUUUUCUCUUUCUUUUUCUCUAAUUCAUUUACUUCCCCCCACACACAUCACACCGUUUCCUUGCGUAUUUACUUUUCCCUCUCUUUCUUUCUCUCUUUCUUUACUUCCACAAACGGCUUGCUAG